GUGUGAAAAGAGUUUCUAUGAAGCUCGAGAUCUUCGGCAGCAUAUGAAUAAACAUUUAGGUGUGAAGCCAUUUCAAUGUCAGUUCUGUGGAAAAUGUUAUAGUUGGAAGAAAGACUGGUAUUCUCAUGUGAAGUCUCAUUCUGUCACAGACCCUUAUAGGUGUAAUAUAUGUGGUAAAGAAUUUUAUGAGAAAGCUUUGUACAGAAGACAUGUAAAGAAAGCCACACAUGGUAAAAAAGGAAGAGCAAAACAAAAUCUGGAACGAGUUUGUGAGCAUUGCGGAAGAAAAUUCACACAACUCCGGGAAUAUAGGAGACACAUGAACAAUCAUGAAGGUGUGAAGCCAUUUGAAUGUCUAACUUGCGGAGUAGCCUGGGCCGAUGCACGUUCAUUGAAGCGUCACGUGAGGACACAUACUGGAGAACGACCGUACGUCUGUCCAGUGUGCAAUGAAGCUUACAUAGAUGCCCGGACGCUACGGAAGCACAUGACCAAGUUUCAUAGGGACUACGUACCCUGCAAAAUUAUGCUGGAAAAAGAUACUCUUCAGUUUCAUAACCAGGGGACACAGGUGGAGCAUGCCAUCAGCAUUUUAGCAGCAGACAUGCAGGAACAAGAAACUGAGAUUAGCGUUGGUGGUGGUGAGAUUGAGACUGUGGUAGUGACAGGAGAGACGCUUGAAGCUAUCGAAGCAGUCGCAGCUACUGAGGAAUGUACAUCAGUCUCCACUCUUUCUGACCAAAGCAUCAUGCAGGUGGUAAAUUAUGUAUUGGCGCAACAGCAAGGACAGAAAAUGGCUGAAGUGACACAGGCCAUUGAAACGGUAGAAGUAGAAGUGGCCCAUGUUACAAAGACAGACUGA